CCACGUCAUGGGUAACGCCAACGUUACCUGGAAAAAAGAAGAACCCUCGCGCAGGCCAGUCGGGGAUAUCUUUCCGUCACGACUUGAGCUAAUUAAUUGCACUGCUCCUUUUGCUAUGGUACGGUAGGGAACGCAUAAGUACUGUACCGUGCCUACCGUGGGAUAAAGGUAAAGAAAGAGGUCCGCUUUGCCCAACCAUUCAUUUCCAUCCAACCCAACCAAAAGAACAGACAAUCAGUCGUGAUCCUUACCGUAUGGUUCUGGAUGGGUGAGCCGCGCCGGAAGGAAGGUUCUGCUUAUCCCAGCUUCUCAUAAAAUCAGAAAACAGAAACACAAAAAGAUCUCUCAGAUCCUAAGCCACCACAAAACAAAGCAACCAAAACACAAACCAACAUCAUGGCCAACUUCAGCAAGAACAGUAUGGAUGACGAGCUCAACCUCGUUGACCUGAAGGACGAUGAUGACUUUCUGGAGGAACCCAGCACCUACGCCAUUGCGACGGCUGGCGAUGAAGAGCAAGAAGACUCGGUGCUUGACUUUAGCCAGCUCAAGUUGAUUGAAAAUCCCGUCGAAGAGCAAAGCAGCAACGCCCUGCCUCAAACCUUGGACGAUUGCCUUGGCUAUCUCAAAGAGCUGCCCUUGUUGCAGCCUAACGGGGACCAAAGUCAGCCAGAGACAAUCGCGGAGAUGGUCAACAGUGUUCUGCCUCUACCGUCCGCCGAAUCGGAACGGAGCAGUAACCACCAUGACUUGCAGCCAAUCAAGAAAAAGACAAUUCACAAGAGCGCGUUUGGCAACUUGGGACAUACCGUGCGCCCCGGUUGCAUUUCUCUCUACAAGAAAUACGAUAUUGUCUAUGCCGUACCCGAGGGACGCUGGUGGCUGCUGGACCCUUUGACCAGCUGGGUGAAGGGUUACUCCAACGUUUCUUUGGACACGGACCUGAUCAAAACAGAAGACAAUCAGGUCCUCAUUGUCCGAAUCAUUGAAGGACAGGUCGGAUUGAUCACGAUCCAAGGUGUGCAUCAUUUGCUGGACGUUGGCACUCAUGUGUUCAACUCUGGUACCGUCCAGUUUUUGGGUGCAGUGACAUAUGCCGCCAAACAGUAUUUCAACCACGGCCCCUACCAUUACUUGAAUGUCCCACGCGGAAGCAACGCAAAGGUUUGGGUGGAGGUUGUGGGUGGCGAUGGAGUCAAGUCUCUUGUUCCCCGGCUCAUUAAAGAAGGCGAGCACUUUAUCAAGUCUACCUUCUUUCGUUUUGAAGGCCUGGUCAAAGUCAGUGAUGAAUACAUUGGUCAUCAUUCCAUCCACAUUCUCAAUGUUGUCAAAGGCCAAGUCGCCAAAGCGAACUGUGACAAUCUACCCCGGCUUUAUGGUGAAGGCCAGCACAUUAUUGAAUCCCCCAACUUUUCGUAUGAAGGCACGGAAAUCAUCUCGCCCGACAAUCUUUGCAUCUCUCACGGGACCAUCACCAUCCUGCAGAUUCCCCGGGGAAAGAUUGCAUUGGCGUGGAACCGAAACGAACCAGUUUUGCUGGACAAACCCGGCCUCUACGAGUUCAACAGCAACAAUUUUCACUUUGUGGAUUUCUGUGAUGCCAGCGAACGCAAGAUUGAGCUUGGAUCCAAAAAAGUUCUGCAAGUGUACACGGGCGAGGUGGGCAUUACGUACGACAAGGGACACCUCAAAGUGCUCACCAAUGGACGCCAUGUGAUUGACAGCAGCACGCACCUCUUUGAAAGAUUCCUAUCCACCAAACAACGCAGCAUCCGAUUGAUCACAUACGGUGCCAGCCACAAGAUUGCCAAGUCGACAAAGAAGAAGGGUUGGGAGGCCGACUUGCAGGAUGACGCUGACUUUCUCGUGUGCGAAACCAAAGACUUGGUGAAGGUUGGGGUUCGUGCCGAUGUCUUUUACAGCAUUGUGGACCCAGAAAAGUGCAUCCAGACCCUCAAUACGGACGAGCUGGAAGAUCUCGUACGGGAAACAGCUGUUGCAACACUGACCAACAUCAUUCGCUCGACGGCUCUGAACCAAAUUGCGCAAAGCAGUCAGGUGUCUGCUUCGCCUUCGUCUCAGGAUGUCAUUGUGGCUGAUGUCACCGCGGCUGGUGAGGACGAUGAAGAGAACACUGGAGACGAACAAGCUGCCGCCAUUUCCUAUUUCUUUGAUCGUGCCCACGACGAGUUCAUGAACAAGUUGCACGAAGAUUUUGUGACGCGCUAUGGUGUCGACAUUGCAAACAUUCGAAUGGAGUCUUUCAAGAUCAUGGACAACGAGCUUGCCAGUGAGAUUGCGCAGAAUUGCUUGGUAACGGCCCACACCGAGAACCAACUGAGCAAUCUCCAGGGGCAGAACCUGAUCGCCACCCAAAAGGAGAAGACCGCAGCAGAUUGUGAAAACAUCAAGGCUGGAGCAGAAGCAAAGUCUCUUGCGACGCUUGCUGAUGCUGAAAACAAACGUCGGAUUGAUGCAGCCAAAGCCGAAGCGGAGGCUUUGAAAGUCCAGACUAUCACAGCAGCCAAAGCUGAGGCGGACGCCAUUCUCCUGAAAGCCAAAGCAGAAGCCGAGGCAAUCCGCCUGAAGGCUGCUGCCGAAGCUGAGCGCGCCAAGCUCCUAAGCCAAACAGAGCUCGGCCAGCAACAAAGCUUGUUUGAAAUCUACGCCGACAUGGUCAAGGCAAGCAACGAAGGUGUCAACAAGGUUGUCUACAUGGACCCGUCUGUCAACCGCGACUCUCCUUUCACAAUGGGAAGUUUGGAUGGCCUGAAUCGCGACCUUCAUUCCUUGAGCAAGCUGGGUAUGAUUGCAGAAGAAAAGAAGCAAGAUGCCUAAAUACGGAAUGGCCUCCCUAGGGUUUGUUCGCUAUUGUCCAUUAAUGUACCACAUAAUCUCUACGUCUAUAUAGCAUCCCACCAGACUGAAACACUUAACUUGUACAACAGUCGUCUUCCCGGCUUCAUUGGCUCCCUCG